AUGUACAUUCGAGGAAUAGACGAGCCCCUUAUAUCUCGGAUAUUUGCAAUAACCCUGACUGGGGCUGCGCAGGCGUGGUUCUCUACCUUACCUGCCAACUCAAUUGGGUCUUUUGAGGAAUUCGGGGAAAAUUUCCUCUUAAACUUUGCAACGAGCAAGAAACACCCGAAGUCCGAGUUCUCACUUGGAAAGAUACAUCAACAACCCGACGAAACCCUCCAACGAUACCUCAAUCGGUUCAAGGAUGUUGCAUUACAAGUGCCGGGUUUACAAGAAAAUGUCCAUGUACAUCUCAUUGUGGCUGGUUUGGAUGGUACAUCUAGGCUAGCCAAGUCGUUGUAUAAGGACCCAGUGAAGACGUUGGAAGAAUUCAGAACUCGUUCGAAAAAAUACGUCGAACUUGAGCAAAUGGGAAUUGCCAAUGCGCAAUCUGACGAAGGCAAAAGAAUUAGCCUAAGAAGGAGAAGCCCGGCCUCAAAAGGAAAUGAACGGGUUGAUAACAAGAAAAAGGAGUCUAGGGCCCGAAUCCUGGAUGGCUGGGAUCGAGUUGGAAGAUACGAGAAGUACACACCGCUAAAUGCGCCACGCUCUCAAAUCUGGAGGAAAGUGGCGAUGAAGGAAAUGAAGAAGGUAGAAAGACCCCGGCCCAUAUUCGACAGAGGAGGUUUGGACAAGUCCAAGUACUGUGCAUUUCAUGACGGACCGGGUCAUUCUACUGACCAAUGCUGGGAUCUCCGAGAUGCUGUGGAGAAAUUCGUUCGAGAUGGAAGGUUAUGCCAAUACGUUAUCAAAACCCAGGGUUCCAAAAAUAACACAAGGAAGUCGUGA